AUGGCCCUUGGCGGCAACGAUUUCAACGCAAUCCGAAUAUCCCUGGCCACGCCUGAGCAGAUCAAGAUCUGGUCCUACGGCGAGGUUACUAAGCCGGAAACGAUCAAUUACAGGACGCUGCGCCCCGAAAAGGACGGACUGUUCUGCGAGCGCAUCUUCGGCCCGACCAAGGACUGGGAGUGCUACUGCGGCAAGUACAAGAAGAUCCGCUACAAGGGCGUCAUCUGUGACCGCUGCGGCGUUGAGGUCGCACGCGCGAAGGUGAGGCGUGAGCGGAUGGGACACAUCGCUCUGGCCGCCCCUGUCGCCCACAUCUGGUUCUCCAAGGGAACCCCAAGUCGGUUGGGUCUCCUGCUGGAUCUGUCUCCCAGGAAUCUGGACAGAGUGCUGUACUUCGCUCAGUAUCUGGUCACCAGCGUGGACGAUGAAUUCCGCACAGCGCGCAUCGACCAGCUUCAGGAGGAGCUCGACCAGACCCUUGAGAAGAUCGGCUGA